ACCCCGCCCCAGCGCAACGCGGCCUCGAGAGCGGACUCCGGCCCCGGAGCGCGGCCUCGCCCGCCUCGCUCGCCCGGAUCCCCGGGCUGCGGGCAUGGACAGCGCCCGCUCGCCCUAGAUGGACGGCGAUGGCGGCCGCCGAGACGCCCCCGGCGCGCUGAUGGAGGCCGGGCGCGGCACGGGGUCGGCCGGCAUGGCGGAGCCGCGGGCGAGGGCGGCGCGGCUCGGGCCCCAGCGCUUCCUGCGGCGCAGCGUGGUGGAGUCGGACCAGGAGGAGCCGCCGGGCCUGGAGGCGGCCGAGACGCCGAGCGCGCAGCCCCCACAGCCCCUGCAGCGCCGGGUGCUUCUACUCUGCAAGACGCGCCGCCUCAUCGCGGAGCGCGCCCGGGGCCGCCCCGCCGCCGCCGCCGCCGCCGCCGCCGCCGCGCCCGCGCCUGCCGCACCCGCAGCGCCUCCCGGCUCUCCGGGUGCCCCCUCGGACCCCGGUCCGGAGCGAGCUGGCACGCAGGAGCCCAGCCCAGAUCCCACCACCGCCUCAGCCGCAGCCGAGCCGCUCCCCGACGGCGGCCCGCGGCAGGAGGAGGCGCCAGCCCCAACACCGGAGGACGCUGGAGCCAGCGAGGCGAAGCCCGAGCCCGGGCGCGCACGCAAGGAUGAGCCUGAGGUGGAGGAGGACGAUGAGGACGACCUCAAGGCCGUGGCCACCUCCCUGGACGGCCGCUUUCUCAAGUUCGACAUCGAGCUGGGCCGAGGCUCCUUCAAGACGGUCUACAAGGGGCUGGACACGGAGACCUGGGUGGAGGUGGCAUGGUGUGAACUGCAGGACCGGAAGCUCACCAAGCUUGAACGGCAGCGGUUCAAAGAGGAGGCGGAGAUGUUGAAAGGCCUGCAGCACCCCAACAUCGUGCGCUUCUACGACUUCUGGGAGUCCAGCGCCAAGGGCAAGCGCUGUAUCGUGCUGGUAACGGAGCUGAUGACCUCGGGGACCCUGAAGACGUACCUGAAGCGGUUCAAGGUGAUGAAGCCCAAGGUACUGAGAAGCUGGUGCCGGCAGAUCCUGAAAGGCCUGCUGUUCCUGCAUACAAGGACACCCCCCAUCAUUCACCGAGACCUCAAGUGUGACAACAUCUUCAUCACGGGACCCACUGGCUCUGUGAAAAUUGGUGACUUGGGCCUGGCCACCCUUAAAAGAGCAUCAUUUGCCAAAAGUGUGAUAGGUACCCCUGAGUUCAUGGCGCCUGAAAUGUAUGAGGAGCACUACGAUGAGUCAGUCGAUGUCUACGCCUUCGGGAUGUGUAUGCUGGAGAUGGCCACCUCAGAGUACCCCUAUUCGGAGUGCCAGAACGCCGCCCAGAUCUAUCGCAAGGUCACCUGUGGCAUCAAGCCGGCCAGCUUUGAGAAGGUGCAUGAUCCUGAGAUCAAGGAGAUCAUCGGAGAGUGCAUCUGUAAGAACAAAGAGGAAAGGUAUGAGAUCAAGGACCUGCUGAGUCACGCCUUCUUCGCGGAAGACACGGGCGUCCGGGUGGAACUUGCAGAGGAGGACCACGGCAGGAAGUCUACCAUAGCCCUGCGGCUUUGGGUGGAAGACCCCAAGAAGCUGAAGGGCAAGCCCAAAGACAAUGGAGCCAUAGAGUUUACCUUUGACUUGGAGAAGGAGACCCCCGACGAGGUGGCCCAGGAAAUGAUUGAUUCUGGAUUCUUCCAUGAGAGCGAUGUGAAGAUUGUGGCCAAGUCCAUCCGUGACCGGGUAGCACUAAUCCAGUGGCGGCGUGAGAGAAUCUGGCCUGCGCUACAGUCUCAGGAGCCAAAGGACUCGGGCAGCCCUGACAAGGCCAAGGGUCUGCCAGCACCCCUGCAGGUCCAGGUGACCUACCAUGCACAGAGUGGGCAGCCUGGACUGCCAGAACCUGAGGAGCCUGAGGCUGACCAGCAUCUCCUGCCCCCUACGUUGCCAGCUAGCGUUACCUCCUUAGCCUCGGACAGCACUUUCGACAGUGGCCAGGGCUCCACUGUGUACUCCGACUCCCAGAGCAGCCAGCAGAGCAUGGUGCUCAGCUCCCUCGUGGAUACAACUCCAACCCCAGCCUCGUGUGUGUGCAGCCCCCCUGUGACUGAGGGGCCUGGCCUGACCCACAGCCUGCCUGCACUAGGGGCCUUCCAGCAGCCGGCCACUGUGCCUGGCCUGUCAGUGGGCCCUGUGCCUCCCCCUGCCCGCCCUCCACUCAUCCAGCAGCAUUUUCCAGAACCUUCCAUGAGCUUCACUCCUGUGCUACCACCGCCCAGCACGCCUGUGCCCCCGGGCCCAAGUCAGCCAGCACCCCCAGUCCAGCAGCCUCUUCCAAUGGCCCAACCACCUACCCUGCCACAGGUCCUGGCCCCGCAGCCCGUGGGCGCUGUCCAGCCAGUGCCCUCUCAUUUGCCUCCAUACCUGGCUCCAACCUCCCAGGUGGUGGCCCCUGCUCAGCUGAAGCCUCUCCAGAUGCCGCAGCCACCUCUGCAACCUCUUGCUCAAGUCCCUCCGCAGAUGCCUCAAAUGCCUGUGGUUCCCCCCAUCACUCCCUUGGCAGGGCUCGACGGCCUCCCUCAGACCCUCACUGAUCUGCCAGCUGCAAAUGUGGCCCCUGUGCCACCGCCUCAGUAUUUCCCACCUGCUGUGAUCUUGCCAAGCCUCACAACGCCCCUGCCCACAUCACCGGCCCUGCCUCUGCAGGCUGUCAAGCUGCCUCAUCCCCCUGGAGCACCCCUGGCUGUGCCCUGCCAGACCAUCGUGCCAAAUGCACCAGCUGCUAUCCCCCUGCUGGCCGUGGCCCCACAGGGUGUGGCUGCACUGUCCAUCCAUCCAGCAGUGGCCCAAAUCCCUGCCCAGAUCCCAGCCCAGAUCCCAGCCCAGAUCCCAGCUCAGCCUGUGUACCCAGCAGCCUUCCCACAGAUGGCACCUGGAGACAUCCCACCCUCACCCCACCACACGGUGCAGAGCUUACGGGCCACCCCUCCACAGCUGGCCUCACCUGUGCCUCCUCAGCCUGUCCAGCCCAGUGUCGUCCAUCUACCUGAGCAGGCUGCUCCAACCGCUGCCUCAGGGACCCAGGUCCUGCUGGGCCACCCUCCUCCGUACACUGCGGAUGUCGCUGCUCCAGUCUCUGCUGUGUCCCUGCCGCCUGCUGUCCUUUCCCCUCCUCUGCCAGAUGCUCUGCUGCCUACUGCCCCCGAGCUCCUGCCCAAGCUCCCCAGCUCCCUGGCCCCCACAGUGGCUGCAGCCUCUCAGAGCGUGCCCACCCAGACCUCUACGCUACUCCCGCCAACAAACCCACCUCUGCCCACUGGGCCUGCAGUCGCUGGUCCCUGCCCUGCUGUCCAGCUCACGGUGGAAGUGACUCAAGAGGAGCAGGCCUCGCAAGACAAGCCCCCUGGUCCCCCACAGAGCUGUGAGAGCUUUGGAGGUUCCGAUGUUACCUCUGGAAGAGACCUGAGUGAUAGCUGUGAAGGCACCUUUGGAGGGGGCAGGCUGGAGGGUAGGGCUGCCCGGAAACACCACCGUAGGUCCACUCGUGCGCGCUCCCGGCAGGAGAGGGCCAGCCGGCCUCGGCUCACUAUUCUGAAUGUGUGUAACACGGGGGACAAGAUGGUGGAGUGUCAGCUGGAAACGCAUAACCAUAAGAUGGUGACCUUCAAGUUUGACCUUGAUGGGGAUGCUCCUGAUGAGAUUGCCACAUACAUGGUAGAGCAUGACUUCAUCCUGCCCGCCGAGCGAGAGACAUUCAUCGAACAGAUGAAGGAUGUCAUGGACAAGGCGGAAGACAUGCUCAGUGAGGACACAGAUGCUGAUCAUGGCUCUGACACAGGGACCAGCCCUCCACACCCGGGUACCUGUGGUCUGGCCACGGGGGAGGAGAACGGACAGUCCCAAGCCAACGCCCCUGUCUAUCAGCAGAAUGUCUUGCACACGGGAAAGAGGUGGUUUAUCAUCUGUCCAGUGGCUGAACACCCAGCAACAGACACUUCUGAGUCAUCACCCCCACUUCCUCUAAGCUCCUUACAGCCAGAAGCCAGCCAAGACCCAGCGCCCUAUCCAGACCAGCUGUCCUUGAAGGACAAACCUAGUUUCCCAGCUGCUCAGCAGCUCCUGAGCCAGGCAGGCUCCAGCAACCCUCCUGGUGGAGCAUCAGCCCCCUUGGCCCCGUCUUCCCCUCCUGUGACUACCGUGAUCCCGGCAGCACCAGCCACCAGCACCGUGCCAGAGUCAGCAUCAGGGACUGCCGUGCAGGCAGGGGGUCCAGGGACCCAUCAAGGACCAGCCAGUAUCCAUGAGACCCACCAGCCACUGGUCGAGACUCACCAUACCCAGUGUGCUACCCAGCCCCUCAGCACUGGCCAAGGACCUUGCACCCCAGCUCCAGAAGCCUCUCGCUGCUCCACAGGUCUGGGGGAGCCCAUCUCAACCAGGGAGGUCAGCACUAUAGGGGAGCCCCUGCCUGCUUCAGUGCCAGAGCCCAGCCCCCCCAUUGGGGCCACGCAGCCUGUACCGGGUCAGCCACCACCCCCACCGCCCAACACAGUGGGAACUAUCAGCCUGGCAACUCCCCAGCUCCCCAGUCCCCCCCUGGGGCCUACUGCUCCCCCACCACCACCCUCAGCCUUGGAAUCAGAUGGGGAAGGGCCACCCCCUAGGGUAGGCUUCGUGGACAACACCAUCAAGAGCCUGGAUGAGAAACUGCGGACUCUGCUCUAUCAGGAGCACGUGCCCACCUCCUCAGCCUCGGCUGGGACUCCCAUGGAGGCAAGCGAUAGAGACUUCACCUUGGAGCCCCUGCGAGGAGACCUGCCCUCAGCUUUGAGUGACAGGACCCCAAGCCUCACCCAGCAGGCCCAGCCCUCAUUGGAAAAGUCAGAAACGGCCCCUGCAGGAUGGGCCCUGGCCCAGCGGGAACAGGGUGCGUCUUCUCCAAUGACAGCAGAGUCAUCUUCCAGCAACACCCUGGGCUGUGACAGUGACACAGGGCAGGUGGCCUCAGACUCCCCCCCAGCACCCAGUGUCCCCCAGGAUGCCCCUGUUUCUUCCCUCCCUACUACACACGUGGAUCCCAAAGAUCAGAACAGGAGUGUUCCCAGAGAAGCCUUGGUUGCACCCGUGCAGAGUUGCCCGGGGACCUUCACAGAGGGUAGCCCAGCCCAGAUGCGUGGCGCUCGGGUCUCCGGGUCCCCUCAUAAGCGGCCAGGGCAGCAGGACGGCAGUUCUCCAGCCAAAACCGUGGGCCGCUUCUCUGUGGUCAGCACACAAGACGAGUGGACUCUGGCGUCGCCUCACAGCCUGCGGUACUCUGCCCCACCUGAUGUCUACCUGGAUGAGAUCCCCUCCAGCCCUGAUGUGAAGCUGGUUGUGCGGCGGGUACAGACAGCCUCCUCCAUCGAGGUUGGCGUUGAGGAGCCUGCCUCCAGUGACUCUGGGGAUGAGUGCCCGAGGAGGAGGCCUCAGGUGCAGAAGCAAUCCUCUCUGCCGGGUAGUGGUGGUGUGGCAAGUGACUUUGUGAAGAAGGCCACUGCCUUCCUGCACAGGUCUUCAAGGGCGGGCUCGCUGGGCCCUGAGACACCCAGCAGGGCAGGUGUGAAGGUCCCUACCAUCAGCAUCACCUCCUUCCACUCCCAGUCAUCCUACAUCAGCAGCGACAAUGACUCAGAGUUUGAGGACGCAGACAUAAGGAAGGAGCUGCGAAGUCUGCGGGAAAAGCACCUGAAGGAAAUCUCUGAGCUACAGAGCCAACAGAAGCAGGAGAUUGAAGCCCUGUACCGCCGCUUGGGCAAGCCACUCCCUCCCAACGUGGGGUUCUUCCACACGGCUCCUCCCAUGGGCCGCAGGAGAAAAACCAGCAAGAGCAAAUUGAAGGCUGGCAAGCUGCUGAACCCCCUGGUGCAACAGCUCAAGGUCGUGGCCUCCAGCACAGGUCAUUUGUCUGACUCCAGCAGAGGCCCUCCCACUAAGGACCCUGCCCACGCCAGCACGCCCCCGGGCACCAAGGCAGUUCAGACCCAGCAGCCCUGCUCCGUCCGGGCCUCCCUGUCCACAGACAUCUGCUCCGGUUUAGCCAGUGAUGGAGGCGGAGCGCGUGGCCAAGGCUGGACGGUUUACCACCCAACGUCUGAGAGAGGGGCCUAUAAGUCUAGUAGCAAGCCUCGUGCUCGAUUCCUCAGUGGACCCGUAUCUGUGUCCAUCUGGUCAGCCCUGAAGCGUCUCUGCCUAGGCAAAGAACACAGCAGUAGGUCUUCCACCAGCAGCCUGGCCCCAGGCCCUGAGCCAGGUCCCCAGCCCACCCUGCACGUCCAGGCACAGGUGAACAACAGCAACAAUAAGAAAGGCACCUUCACGGAUGACCUGCACAAGCUGGUGGACGAGUGGACAACCAAGACGGUGGGCGCGGCGCAACUGAAGCCCACACUCAACCAGCUGAAGCAGACGCAGAAGCUGCAUGACAUGGAGGCCUCUGGCGAGGCGCGGGCUACAACUGUGCCUCCAGCAGGAGUGAGGACACCGUGUUUGGCCCUGGCACCCGGCCCUCUGUCCACCACAGCCGUUCCUGGAGCCACCCCAGCCCUGCCUGUGCCCAUACCAGGUACUGUCCACUCCAGCCUCUCAGGCCCUCCCUGUGCACUGCCUCUGAGUCAGUAUGGAGGCCUGCUCCCUGUUCCUGUGUCCUGGGGGCCCUGGGUGGCCUCAGGGAACCCACAGGGGUCUUGGGGCAGUCAGAGCCCCACUAAGGUCCCUAUGCUGCCAGUGUUCCUGCGGCCACCUGUUAUCAGCACGCCAGGCCCCCGGCUGCACAUCACGUAGCCCUCUGCCCUGCCCUGGCCAGAUGGAGCACUCUGAAUCGUGUGGAAGAACCCGGUUGUGGUGUGGCCUCCUCAUGGCUCCUCCACAUGGGCCCAGGGCACAGAGCCCCAGCCAAGGGGGCAGGAGAGGGCAGCAAGACACUUUCCCUGCUGCCUCAGACCCCACCGCUCUUAGGUCCCUCCAGUCUUGCACAGGCAGGCUUCACAUCCACUGCCUGUCCUUGGUUGAGGAUUAGAACCUCGUCAUCCCCCUGCAGCAGCCCAGUGCCUUGAGUUCCAGCUUUUCUGUUUUCUGAUGGAAAGACAAGUUUUAAAAGGCCAUUGAUUGAUCAGCAAAGGUGGAUUUCAUUACAGUUAACAUGUACAUUGCUGUCUCCACUGUGUGAUGUUGCAGAGAUGGGAAUGGGGUACAGAUAUGAAGCUGAUAGUUCUAGUGUAAACGCUUAAAAACAGAAACUAAAGUGAACAUUAACAAUGUGACCUGCCAAUGCUGGAUGAGCCCAUCUCACCCUUGAUAGAGUGAGGUCACCCUGGUCAUGUUCAAUAACAGAGCCACAGGACCCGCCUGAAGUUGGUCUCCCUGUGAGGAGUGUCAGCAGCUUUGUUGAGCCGUGAGGAUCCUGCCAAGAAACAAACGGGUGAAUGCCCUGGUAGCCAGCAGGCUGUUAUGGCACCGUACAGACAAACACCAUCAUUCAGCUCAGGGGUCCCCACUCUCUUCCUUUUCCAUGGUUUCCACAGAGGCCUGUGCUCUGCCCACCCUACCCUGCAAAUUCCUCUCCAGGCUAUCCUCAGGCCUGCCUACUGAGGGGCGGAGUAUUUCUGGAGGUUUCCAUGACACUUGUCCUGGGGGGCGAUGAAAGCCCCCUGACUCCCUCUGGGCAAAUGUUUUAUGCCUCCAGUUGGAGGGUGGGCUGCCUGGGGUGACCCUGCUGUGAACUGUACAGUUAAGCUGUACUCAUGAGAACCAGCUGAAUUAUUUUGGUUUAAAUACACUAUUCCAUCAAUUCCAUUAGAAUUGACUUUUCAGGGGGCUGAGCAGAGUCUUCUGCCAGGCCACAACAAUGCAAUAAGAGAUUUCUGUUCUCUGCGUCUGGUCUGAAAACCACCCAGGCCCGCUUCUUAGUGAAGUGAGCCUGCCUUCUCCCACUCCUCUUGCGCCCAAGUCCUUUCCUACUAUGACACCGCUAGUGGCAUGGGAUCCCCAAGAGACUGUAUGUGCGAAGGAGAAAAAUAAACGUUUGCUUGAAAAUAC